AUGGGCGGUUGGGCCACACUUGGGUCCGGACAGUCUGGCCUCGACGUAGCGCAUGGUAAGAGAGGCCACGCCUUUAUUACAGGCGCACCCGUCCUGAUCGUCGGCAAUGUAUGCGCUGGACCUAAAAAAUAUGUCACCCGCGCACCGGCCACCGGUCACUGUGCCUGUGUUCACCUCGUAGACCUGGAGUAUUACUUUAAGAUAUUUACAAAGAUACUUGUGAAAAAUGUAAAUAAGAAUGGGUUGCCCAAAACAGGAGAAAAGCAUGCAAUUACACCGUUCAUAAACGUAAACUUUACUAUAUCGGAGUCGGCAAAAUGUAUAGGGUCGCAAGUGCAAUACUUACAGCUUUUAGAUUUCUCACUACCCUUCGAUGUCACGUGCAAUGGAUAUUUUUCAAUGGAUACCGUAUGGAAUGAAUACGAAAUCGUUGUGGAUGGUGAUAUGAAUGAGGUAAAUCAUGGUGUAGUGACUGGUGGCCGUUGCGCAGGCGACACAUUUUUCAUGUCCAUGGCUUACGUGGCCGACGAUCAGGAGGGGUGCGCCGGCGGCAAAGGUGUAUCCAGUCUUACUUUACGCGCUUUCGAGGCCCGUCUGACCGGACCCACAGGAUAUUAG